GGCGGGCGGCGGCGCGGCCCUCCCGCGCCCAGGGGCGGGGAGCGCGGCGCUGGCCCCGCCUGUGGUGCUCCGUGGAGCUGUUCAGCGCCCAGGUGCUGAGUCUCCCCCCGGCUUACGGAGGCUCCGGCGGCGCUCCCUCCCCGGCGCAGCGAUGGCUCCGGCGCCCAGCCGCCUCCGCCAGGCACUCUGAGCGCCCGUCCGCCCGCCGCGCCCCGGCGUGAAUGCAGCAGCUCCAAGCGCCUCUGGCUCCGCGAGGGAACGUGGCAGAUUUCCUUUCUGCCUCCAAAGUGUUCUAUUAUGGCAGCCUCCAGUGAACAAUGACAUCCUUUGACAGAUACAGAUGCCAAAAAGUCAGACAAAAACAGUGGCCUUGUUUCAUUUUCACUCCAACACACUGAAAUGGUGCUCUUAACAUUUUGUUAUUAACUCUCACUGGAAAAAAAAAACAAACAACCCAGAACAAACUUCUGACUGGACCUUUUUCCCUAGCCCUCUCCCAGUGUUCUUAUGAACUCUUGACACAGUGACAUCAUGUAGUAGGCCCUAAAGUGUUGUCAUAAUUAAGUUGCAAUGGUUUUAUACACUUCCCCAUUUCCCAACAGCUUUCUGUCAGUUCUGCAUUCUUUUUCCUGGGGCCUGAUUUUCCCAUGUUACUGGUUAGCAGAUAGGCUCGUGGCCUCUUUUGUUCCAACCACCUAUGAAAAACGUCAAAGAGCAGAUGAUCCCUGCUAUUUCCAUGCACUCUGCAUCAUUAUUACCACUCCCAUCUACCUGGCACUAUUGGUAGCCUCUCUUCCUUUUGCUCUCAUUGGCUUCUUGUUAUGGUCCCCACUGCAGUCAGCCAGAAGGCCAUACAUCUACUCCAGACUAGAAGACAAGCACCAUGCCAAUGGAGCCACGCUGCUCACUGAAUGGAAGGCUGCAGGGAACGGGAAGAGCUUCUGCUUUGGCAGUGCCAACGUUUGCCUGCUGCCAGAUUCUCUGGCAAGAUUUAAUAAUGUUUUCAAUACGCAGGCUAGAGCUAAAGAGAUUGGUCGGAGGAUCCGAAAUGGGGCAAGCAGACCACAGAUCAAAAUAUACAUAGAUUCUCCUACCAACACAUCCAUCAGUGCAGCGAGUUUUAGCAGCUUGGUGUCCCCCCAGGGUGGAGAUAACACUAAUCGGACUGUUAAUGCUGGCAUGAAAAGGACAACAUCAAUGGAGUAUAAAGGAGACAAUACAGGCUCAAACAACAGUGAGGAUUGUAGAGAAGAUAAAGGCGUAGCUGGAGAGCCAAACGAGGGAGAAGAGAACACUUGCAUUGUCCGCAUAAAUGGAGAGGAUAAUGGCCAGAUGUCAGACGCAGAAACAGAAGCAAUCAAUGGCCAGGCUCACGCCAGCGGCCCGGCAGAGCCCUCACUGGAAGGUGAUGCAGAGAUCUCAAAAACACCAAACCACAAACAGAAGGAAGGAGACUCUGGGAGUUUAGACAGCUACUCUGCCUCACGAGAGUCCUUAGUUAAGGUUCGCAUUGGAGACGGUACAGUGGACCAAAGCACUGUCAACAACAAGCUCCUCUACAAAGCUUCGAUCAUGAAGAAGACUUCAGUGCGGAAAAAGAAACAUACAGAUGAGACCUUUGAUCAUGAGAUCUCUGCUUUCUUCCCUGCCAACUUGGACUUCCUGUGUUUGCAGGAAGUGUUUGACAAAAGAGCUGCAGAGAAAUUGAAAGAGCAGCUUCAUCACUAUUUUGAAUACAUUGUCUAUGAUGUUGGGGUCUACAGUUGCCACAGCUGCUGUAGCUUCAAGUUUGUGAACAGUGGUCUACUUUUUGCCAGCCGCUAUCCAGUUAUGGAUGCUGCCUAUCACUGUUACCCCAAUGGAAGAGGAACAGACUCCUUGGCUUCCAAGGGAGCCUUGUUUCUCAAGGUGCAAGUGGGAAGUACACCUCAGGACCAAAGAAUUGUGGGAUACAUUUCCUGCACUCACUUGCAAGCUAUUGCAGGAGAUACUACUGUUCGAUGUGAGCAACUGGAUAUGCUUCAAGAUUGGCUGUCUGAAUUCAGAAAAUCUACCUCCUCCUCCAGUACAGCCAAUCCAGAGGAGCUGGUGGCUUUUGAUGUAAUCUGUGGAGAUCUCAACUUCGAUAACUGCUCCUCUGAGGACAAGUUGGAGCAACAGCACUCUCUGUUUACACACUACAAAGACCCAUGUCGAAUUGGUCCUGGGGAGGAUAAACCAUGGGCAAUCGGCACCUUGUUGGAUCCUGAAGGUUUAUAUGAUGAAGAGGUGUGCUCUCCAGAUAACCUACAGAAGGUGCUGGAAAGUGAAGAAGGAAGGAAAGCAUAUUUAGUGUAUCCCACCAGCAAGAACCACAGUUCCAGUCAGAAGGGGAGGAAGGCAUCACUGAAAGGAAAUGGGAGGAGGAUUGACUAUAUGCUCUACACAGAAGAGGGUCUCUACCUGGAAUGGAAAGUGGAAGUAGAGGAGUUCAGCUUUAUUACCCAAUUAGCAGGCUUAACAGACCACCUACCAGUAGCAAUGCGCCUUGUGGUGUCUACAGGAGAAGAGGACCCUUAAAACUGACCAGCUUUGAAAGACUAGAAGAGAGAAAUGCUAACAAUAUUAACGAAAUAUCAGAGGAAUGAACUGUUCUGGUGCCACAUUAGGAAAGAUGACCAGACCUGACCUGGGCUAACCCCAGAAUGUACUAACCAUGGUGGCUAUGAAAAGGGAAGAAAGGGAAAAGGUUGUGGCCACAAGCCAUGGUCACAAGUUGCUCAGGCAACAGGGCAGGCCUGUACGACAAUGCUUUCACUGUGGACUGAACGGAACCAAGAUGGAAGUCCUAAUUCCUUCUGAACCAGUGCCAUUCUUACUAAAAACAUGUUUUUAUACUAAUAUAUAGCACAAUUUAGUUUGUAAUUAGUCUGUGAGUUAGUGAUGCUCAAUGGUUUUUUGCAUAAUUUCUUUGUAUAACUAAGAAGCUGAAGCUUUUUUCUUUUUUUAGCCUGUUAAAGUUGUAGUAGCGUGCUUGCAUCAGUAGCAUGCGCCCGCACUGCAUGCCACUCUGAGAUAAACUAGUCAGUAAGAUACUACGGGGAGUAUCAGAAUGGAAUGGAGUUCAAAAUUCAGAUACCAGCCAAAGCAAGGCAUUCUGGGACUGGCAAACUCUUCUGUCAUUAUAGAUAGGCCUCAAAGCAAACAAACAAACAAACAAAAAAUCACUGAUUUGCAGACCAGUAUCAUCUGUCCUGACCCAUUUAUGGGUACUUAAAAGAUUUGGAUUGAAGACUUUAACAACACAGUUCUACACUUAUUUCAACUGUGUUCCCACUGAAAUUAUAAAGUGUUUUGUCUAAAUGAUGACUCCAGAAUUGGGCCUUUAGCUUUCUAAACUUAACUUAUUCCCUAAGAAGUAGUAAGGUUCCCCUCUAAUGCCUUUUCUUUUGUUCCCAUAGGUGGGGCAGUCCUGAACUAUGGUAUGGGACAGUAGGUAUGUUACAGUAGUGAAUAGAUUCCUGUAGUACCAUUGGUAACACCCAAGCCAACAUUCUGCCUUAGCUAGAAAGAGUAAUGGGGAAAUAGCUUGUAAAAUGCAUGCUAGAUAUAGUUAAAGUAACUGUAAGCGACAUUUGGGGGGGAAAAGUGUAGAAGUGUAUGACUGAUAAGGCAGGAUAACCUCAGCUUCCUCAAGGAAUCAGUACACUAAAGGGAAAGUGUAGCAUGACUACCUAUAGAGAGUGGAUCUGCGACUCUCAAUCUUAGGGAGCUACUUCCUAGGAUCAGAGGGUUUAUGUCUGUCAGACAUGAUUCUGUUAUACACUCACAGGCUUUAAUAGGGGUCUUGCCAUCUAAUUCAUGUGUUCUUUCCACCACAGCUCUUUAAAUGUGGGGUCCCCUCUGCCACCUUAGCCCAGUGACCUGAUGUGCCCAGCCUCUGUAACCUUAAAAACACUGAAAGCUGAGAAUUGGGUCCAUGACAAGACUUGGUGGGGUGUAGGGGUUUAGACUCAGAAGGGUUUGUGUUGCCAGGAGAACAAUGAGAUCCCUUGCAUUUUAACUCGGACUUAGUUUCUGCUGCCAGCUUUCUUAACUUUAGUGUUAUUUCCUCUUACAUGACAAAUUCCUUGUGUUAAAAAGAGAAGAGUUAGUGUAAUACUUGUACUCACUCCAUUAAGUAAACUCUUCAGUUAUGCCGGCCUCAAACUCCUGAACAUUUUAGUUUACACCUGUUGGGAAUCAGCUUGAGCUAAAUCAAAAUAGAUUUAAAGUAAAAAUCUCAGUCUGUAUAGCCUCUCGUACUGGCUUUGUUAGCUACAGUAAAAAAGGGAACUUCACUUAGGUCAGCCUAAUUUCCAAGUAGAGAGACUCUUACUAGUGGCAAGAGUACUGGGCUAACAGUACUGGCUAAUUCCAAGCAGGUCACAGGCCACUGCUCACACUCUCUCACUGCACUCAGCUCUGACAUGUUUUACUCCUAAUUUUCCAGUCCUUGGUGUCCCUUCAGCAGAGACUGCCUACAAACGUACUGUGCCAAACCAUGGGGUAGUCUGCAGGUGUCACCCAUGUGGACUCAAAAAUGGAACCAGACUUCAUUCCCCUUUUUGAUAAAAUUAGGAAUUCAAGUUUACAGCAUCAGAGACUUCAUUGUACUAUCCCAGUGCAUCACCCUUUUCCCACUUUGUACGUUUCUCUUUAUACCUAUGUGCAAUGUGCUUUUCUGGUUUCUUAUCUCUCUGCCCAAUUCAGAAAAAAACUUGUAUCUGAGACAAUGCUUUUAAUCCUCUUUUCUACCUUGCUUGUAUUUUAUUAACCUUUUUAAACAAACAGACAGUAUUGGUAGCCAUUUGUGUGCUGUCCAGCAGCAAGAUUAAACACAAGGUACAGUAUUUUUAAUAGCUUUCCUAACAAUGUAAAUUACAAUUUAGUAUCAGCCUCACUGAGUAUCAGUUGCAGGAGCUGAAUAUGACACUGUGUGGGAUAGAAUAAUAAAACUACUGCCAAACAAUACUACAUUAUCUACAGUAAAACUAACAUGGUCUCAAUUACUUUCAAUGAGUUCUGGAGCUUUGUACUGACUCAAAACCAGGCACUUCUGUCAACUUUCUGAGAUAUGCUGAAAACUACUUUUUGAAAUGGGAUGUAAACUGUUUUAGAGUUUGGUGUUCUUAGUCUCUCAGUGCUCAAGUUGUGAAAUAGUCUCUCUAAACACUACACAUACAGUUAAUAGGUCUAGGUAGCUGAAGUGAUUUACUGUCUUAAGGAUGUAACUGCAAGAGUGACUCUGGGAGGUACAGCACUGUGGCACCACUGUGCUCCUUUUUCACAUUGAUCCUGUGCUUUCCAAGGCCAUGGGAUGCUUGCAGUAGUCAGCACGUACUUUAGACAGGUACUCUGAAUAGGGCAUUUGCACUUAAAAUGAAGACAAAGAGGAUGUUGAGAACACACCCAGGAAAUCCAGCCCUGGAUACCUUUUUCAGACAUCGGUCCCACUUUGUUUAAGGGCAGCAUGGCCCAAUUUAUUAGUAGGACAUUAUUUAUAAGAAAUUGGAGUUAAGCCUACGCCACUGUGCUUAUCCCACCUGGUACAGGGAUUCCAGGUAUCCUCAGGAAGUGGGUGGUAAUACUGUUCUUGCUUUACUGUACCCCACAGGGAUACUGCAGAUGAAAUGCAUCUGUUUUUAUAAAAGCUAUGGGACAUUUUCUGUUUCUCAUAUUCAAUCUGCAUUUUACAACAGUGCUUCUAGAACACAUGAACAAAAAACACAAACAAGAAGAGCUGAAAACUAUGAACUGCCAGAAAUUUCGAAGAUGUCAGGUCCCUACAAAGUUGGUACAUUUAGAUCACUUCAAAAAGACAACCUACAGAACACAGCCUCUUGAGCACAUUCAGAUCCAGUUAAGCUGUGUGCAGUUUGAGGGUCUGAGGAAUGUGUAAUCCACCUGCUUUGCACCACAGCUCAGCCAGAGGAGCAACAGUGUCUAGUGUAAAAAUCAUUUACACCACUAGUGGUGGCCAGCUAGUUGUAACUCAUCACACACUGGAUGCUUAACAGAAGCUGUCUAAAGUGACCAACUUGCACCACAAGAGAAGCUUGCAGUAGAGAAACUGAGAAAGCUGUCUGGUGUCACCAAUUUAUCUGCCUUGUGCUGGUUUUAUGACCAAAUUUUGUCUCAGCUAGUCUGGCUAGACCCUUACUUUUGCUUGUUGGGUAAGGCAGUAAGACUUAAGGAACUUACAAAUCCAAUAAAGAAUAACUGUUAAAGACGGCCUUUGUUUGGUGUCGAGAUUAAGCUGAUCUGGCUGGCCCAUUUGGUCUCUGUGCUACCCCAGGAUUACAUAGCACCACAUCAGUGUCAGCACAUAUCAGCAACUCAGAAAGGAAGCAUUUUUACCUCCUCCUGCUCCACAGAAUGAGAACAGAAAUACAAUUCAAGCACUUUUGAAACACUCCCAGUUUUAACAACCAUUACAACAAGGGUCACACUGUUAAUGAAGGCCUCAUGUUUCCACACUAUCUUCUUUUAAAUAUAAUCUUGAUGCUUUUACAGACUUGUAUUAUUGCUGAGGUUUAGAAAUCCUAUACUAAGAAUAACCUUUUUUAUUUCAAUGAUUUUUCGGUAUUGUAUCCUUCUGAAACCUGAUGUUUUUAUAUGGUAAGCACACACCCUCCAACAUUUUGUUAUAAAUGUAUUAAAAAAAUUUAAAAGUAAAUAUUUUCCUUGGUUUCUUUGCCUGCAAGAACACCAGAAUCUCAGACCUGAUAAAAAGAAAGUAUUUUGAACAAUAGGGAGGGUUUUUUGUCUUUUAUUGGUGCUGAAAGGAAUAACUGGUUGAUGCAAACAAGGUAAUAAAAUUUCAAGGCUCAAA